GAGGCAUCGGUGAUCCACUGCUACUAGACGCGUAAUCAUGUUAAGUGAAAGCUUCUUACAUUCCGUCAAGAACCGUUCGAACUGUUUGAACGCACCAGUAAUUUUGCCGCCGUUUGACUUUGGUGUGUACAGUGUGACCGGGUUCUUUGGAUGCUUUCUGAAGAUUUCCUGAGAUCCACAUGUCGCUCUUGUUUUUAGUGUGUUACCUACGAUUUAUUCCAUCCAUUGGCAGUCGGUAAUACAGAUACAGUUUGUAGCAAUCUCAUCUGUACGGUUACUGAGGUUACAAGUUUUUGAGGCAGGGUACGAAUACAUAUUCCUUUUUGCCUAUAAGUACUUAGUUUGCUUAAUGUUUCUAAACGGUGCAGCUGUUUCUGUGGAACAUAGUGUUCUACAGUAGAGAUAAAUAUAAGAUUUUAUUCAUUAUCGAUCAAUGAUUUUUUGAGUGCUUCAAUCGGUUGAGACAGUGGCCAACCGAUGUGUUAGAAACGCUAUAUCGCCCUAGACGUUUCGCUGAAUAUCACCUCAAAUUCCCCAAAGUUUGCAGUGAUUUGCCGAAUUAGAGUGAAGAAGCUGGAGCAAUCGACCAACUAAGUUACAUACUCAACUGUAUUUAGCCUACGGAGGUUACAAAGGAUAGACACACGUUCAGACGCCUCACAAUCGUAGUAUUUCUCGACCUUGAAGCAGCAUUCGACUUUGUUGAUCGUGAGGUCUUAUGGCAGUGUUUGUCACUGAAAGGAGUACCAAAGAAGUACACUAACCUUAUAAAGGCUCUCUACUCGAACACAACUGGUCGUGUGAGAGCUUAUGGCGAACUGUCAUCAGAAUAGAUUACCUCAAGUGGUGUUCGUCAGGGCUGUCCACUCUCUCCAUUCUUGUUUAACUUUGUCAUUGACGUACUUUUAGAGAUAACACUUUCCUCAUCUAAAUUUACAGGGGUUGAACUUCUACUAGGAGAUUCACUUGUUGACUUGGAAUAUGCCGAUGACAUAGUUCUAUUUGGUGAAAACGCUGACAAAAUGCAGAGUCUUCUGAUCACUCUAAGCAACAAUACACGCAUAUUCGAGAUGCGAUUCUCCCCCUUGAAAUGCAAAAUGUUGCUUCAGGAUUGGGUUGCAUUGACACCCGAACUGAUGAUAGGGAGUGAAGUAAUUGAGCGUGUCGACCGCUUCACUUAUCUUGGAAGUCUGAUCAGCCCUUGUGGUCUGGUGUGUGACGAAAUCUCAGCACGGAUACAGAAGGCUCGACUAGCUUUUACCAACUUGUGUCAUUUAUGGCGUAGGCGAGAUAUCCGUCUAUCAACCAUUGGAAGGGUUUGCUGCGCAGCAGUUCGUUCCGUCCUACUUUAUGGCAGUGAAACAUGGCCGGUAAGAGUAGAGGAUAUUCGUAGGUUACUAGUAUUCGAUCAUAGGUGUCUUCGAAACAUUGCUCGUAUAUCCCGCGACCAUCGAGUAAGUAAUGCAGUUGUUAGGAAACGGGUAUUGGGUAAGGAUGGCAAAUCGAUUGAUGAAGUGGUGAAAGUUCAUCAGUUGAGAUGGCUGGGACACGUGUUACGUAUGCCCAACGACCGACUGCCUCGAUGUGCGAUGUUUUGUUGUAUAGGAGUAUGUUGGAAGAAAGCUAGGGGCGGCCAGGCCAAAACAUGGCACAAGUCUAUGAAGUCACUGACAAGUGGACUGAGUCAUGUUGGUAGGUGUAGACUACUUGGUUGGGGACCGCGAGAUGAUAGCGACCGAUGGUUAGAGACCCUGAAUGACAUGGCUCAAAAUCGUUUGCAAUGACACAGGUGCAUCCACUCUUUGUGUUCUCCCAAAUUCUAAUCUCCUGAUUCCUCCUUGUCUCUUUUUCUCUUCCCAAAUUUAUUUCACUGGAUUAUACUCCUUGAAUAACAUCUUCGAACCCUGAUUUUUCUGAUUGCAGCUUAUAAUUUUACUAAAUCUAGCACUACGGGAUUUGAAUCGACAACUGCAUCUCUGUGCUAAUGUGGUAUGACAACUCGAACUGAUGUACGUACGUACGAAGUUCUACGUUGUUACUGACUGACAGACGUUAUCUGUAGUAUGAGACGGCUGUCGAGAGUGCCAUAUUUAGACAAGACAGAACAGAUAGGUUAUUUUUUGGCAUUACUUUUUUGUUUAUACUGAACUGAGUUUUCAUUAUAAAGUUUGGGAACUUGGACUACUUCAUUUUAUGCUAGUUUUCCCGUUGGUUUUAUAUCUAACCACCUGUUGCGUACACUGUUGUUUCUUACGAAGUAAAAGUAUGCACACUAUUAGUAGACAUACUUUUGUGAAACUUAUGUGGAUUCUUCCAGUGUUGAGGCUAGGUUGUAUUUUGUAUUCAGUUUUCUAAUUAGGACAUCCGUGCCAUAAAUAAUUACACAUUCUCUCGUUGUGAACUCUUGUCUUACAUGAGUUUGAGACUUAAAUAAUAGUAAUGUGAAUCGUUUGAUUGUUAAUCGGAGCAGGAAAAGUAUUUUCCAUAAUUGACAUCCAGUGGCAACGCCGUGUUGGUAAUCCAGAGGUUCGGCAUCGUGUGUUCGGGCACAGAGACGAUAAUGCGGUUGGUGUCACCAUCUUGAAACACCAACCUCGGUGGCUUGGACAUGUUCUACGAAUGUCGUCCUAGAGAAUUCCACGUCGUGCAUUAUUUGCCGACACUGGGACUGGUUGGAAAAAGUGGAGAGGUGGUCAGUGUAUGACAUGGUGUCGUAGUAUUAAAGAUAGCUGCAAGGGACUGGCUUCUGUUAGUCCUUCACAACUACCUGGCUGGGGUCCUAGAGAUGGUGCGACACAGUGGCUAGAGACCUUAUCAGAUAUGUCUCAGAAUAGGAGCCAGUGGCGAUUCUGCUGUGACCUUUUACUUUCUUCAUAAAAAGUGGUUGUAUCUUCCUUAACUGAACGAUCUCUUCUGAUUGUACAUUUCUGUUUCCCCCAUUAUUAUUAUUAUUACACUACCUUACACUAAUCUGUUCGUUAUUGUCCUUUUUUUACGCUCCUUAACUUUUUCUUCCUUCUCUUCAAAUUCUCAUUGUAUUGUGUGGCGCAUAUAUAUUUGGUGCCCUCUUGUACCAAUAUUUAUGUGUCCAAAUAAAUAAAUAAAAUCAAUAAAUUGAGACUUAAAAAUCCCCAAAUCUUCCUUCUCAACCCAAUAAUAAGUUCACAUCGUUUUUUCCAUAUGACAUUGUCUCUCUUGUUACUAGAUCGUCUUGGCUGAAUAGGUCCUAUACUUUUUUUCACUUAUCAUCAUAUUGCUUCAUUUCAAUAAUUGAAACCCAAAUUAGAAUUUAGACAUCGUUUAUUCUUUGUAAUAAAGAUAAUGCCUUAAAUCUUAACUCAAAAGAAUAAGCAAUCCACUUUUUCUAAACCUCAAAAUACUUAUCCCGUUUCAAAUCAUUUGAAAAUGUUACUUAUUGAAAAUGUACACUUAUUUUUGUUUUCCGUACUGUAGACUGUGAACCAUCUGGGGAUCUAUUGCCUUCAUUUGGGGCUUAUUUUGAUAAAAGCGAUUCUGGUCUUUUUAGUUCAAGGUUUGAUCCUUGUCACCAUGCCAACGGUUUUUAGUUACCAAAGAUAUGCUUCAAAAUCAGUUUUGCAACGAUUGUUUUCUUCAGAAAGUUUCGGAAACAUUUCUUGUAAAUCAGAGAGAGUUCGGUAUAUUGGUCAACAAGCAGUUCAAUGGUUCCCAGGGCAUAUGCGUAAAGGCAUGGAUGUCAUUCAUUCUAAAAUGCCACUUGUUGAUGUCAUUAUCGAAGUUCACGACGCAAGGAUACCUUUCUCCGGUAGACCUGAGAUUUUUCAGAAGUUUGAAUUGGUAAGGAAACCAGUCAUUUUUUAAAGAAAUUUUCUUGCAUUUUAGAAUUCGGGUCCGUGUGCAGUAUCUAGGUAUCACCAAGAAACCUAUCCGUUUCCAUGAUUAAGAAUAUUAAGUUUCAUGUUAAUCAUUUGGCCCCUUUGCCUUUAAAUGCCCUGGUACGACAGAGUGGGGAUAGUCACCUCUCGAAAUGUUCUAAAAUGACCACGUGCAUGCAAUCACUGCCAGAGAAGUCCUACUCACUGCCUUCUCAAGACGUUACUGUUGUUUAUGAAAUUAAGAAGACGAAAAGUGAGUGUCCGGCGCUUUAACCGGGUUGGUUGACACGGAGGAUCCGCCUAAAGGAGUUGGAAAACCCUGAUUCCAAACCAAUGGUGUACAUGGUCUCCAUGAUCCUAAGGAAACAAAUAGCGCAUUAACCUAUUGCUGGUCACUGGCUACCAUGAGACUGCAUUUUCAUACGUUCCUCCACUGCCUUGUGGAUUAAACCUUCAGGUCAAACGCUCGGGGAUUAGCCUCCUAAGAAAACCACCUGUUUCGGCUUGGGCACCCGGGGAGUAUCCUAGUCCUCACAUAAAUCGAGUGAUUUAUGUGGCGCAUAUCUAUUUGGUGCCUCAUUGUACCAAUGUUUAUGUGUUUAAGUAAAUAAAAUUUGACCACUUCCCACUUUGACACAUUGAUGAAAUCUUUUCUGUAAUACAGAGUCAAGUACACACAAUCUUGUAAAAGCAUUUCACACUAACAGUGUGAAGCACAUACCAAAUUCAUGGUGCUUAUCUCCACUUGAUUCAAAACCAAGUUACUACUUUUUACUUUUUCCCUAGUAAGAUAACAUCAUGUUUUUUGGUCAUCGUUAUUUGUUGAGUUUACAUCACUAUACAAUCUUUUUAUAAAUUCAUUUCAAGGAUCCUGUGUGACAAAAGUAAGCUAGUGAGGUUCGGCAUUUCUACUUGACCGUUUCUGAUUUAAAGUGGUGUGAUGUGAUUCACAUUAACCACUCUACUUAGGGUUUUUUGACAGGAUUUUCGCGAUUUUGGUUGACUCACCACAUUUUCCUGUCCAACGAACGAAAGGUAGUGUUGAUGUCAAGAAAUGCAACUGUGGUUGGAACUCAGUGCUUGAAAGUGUUUGGUAAUUUCAAGAUAGAGCAACUUGUAGUGCUUUAAUACUUGGCGCUUUCUCAGAUUCCCCUAGUAAGUGGGUAGAUCUACCUUGGGUUAUGAACACAAGACAGUUAAGUAAAAUAUAUUAAAGCAGUGAGCCAGCUAAUGAAGUAUUGUUCGCAGCGUUAAAGGUUCCUUCGGUAUAUCCCCAGUGUUUGGGACAUUUCACAAGCAUUUCGUUCACAGUGUCCUUUGACCAACCUAAGACUAUUGGGUAUUAUCUUUUUGGCUAAUGCAAACGUUAUACGUAUGGCAUGUUAACUACUCUAGUUUCAAACACCGUCUGUUUAUUUCACUGAGUGUAGCUUUCUGGGUUUUCUUUAUUGAAAGUCUUAGUGUAUUUUAUUGCGUGAAAGUGUUCGAUUGAGUUGUAGCUUAUUUCGACUCUUAAUCCUUUAUGGAGCCCUUCAUAGUAUUCGGUCUUUUUAUAUUAGUUCACAAUAUUUAUUUAUGAGUUCUUUAUAUUUUGAGUUAGUUAGGAGUAACUUAUUUGGUGACUUUUAUAUCUGUCAGCAUACAUUUAAAGUUAAAGAGAUUAUGAGAUCUUUAUAAGCGUUCAUUUUAAUUGAUUCACUUGUUCCUUAACUCAUUCUUCUGUUACCAUUCGUGUUGGAAAUGCUCUCUUAUAUUUGCUUAUGUUGUAUUUUCUGAGCUGGGUGGUUUUAUUGCAAUGCUUUUGUUAUCGUUCUGGAAAACAGUGUAAAAUCAGCCUUUUGUGUUAACCGAACAGUUCACUUCUACGUGAAGAAAGCGCUGAUGAUGUUAUACAGCUUCUUAAUUAAUCUGAUUACGUCAUAGUAGUUUCCCUACAGAUGACGCUUUUCCACUUAACUUUUUAAGGGUAAUAUCCUAUCAGGAGUUUUACUUAUCGGCUUAGAAUACAAAGAUGACAUAGUCUUAUUUAUUGGGAUGAGUUUCUCUCCCUCUAAAUCUAAAAUGUCUUAACACUAGUCCGUCAACUUAACCAGUGAUAAAGAUUAAAGUGACUUAACGUAUUGACUACUUCACUUAUCCUAGAAGUCUCAUCAGGCCCGGUGGGUUGGUAUCUAUGUCUCGGGAUGGAUCCAGAAAGCUCACUUGGCCUUUGCCAACCUGGGUCACUUGUGGAGUAGCCGAGCGUAUACUGUGCGAUAGUCCGCUUUGUAUAACCUUAUGGUUGUAAAACUUGGUUUACAAAGUAGAAUACUUGGAUAGGCUGCAUGAUGUUGAUCAUGGGUGUUUUUAAAGCGUUUCGUGGAAUUAGUGGAUGAGUAAUGUUGAGGUUAGGCAUAGGUUGCUAAGUAAACUUGGCAAAUCGGUUAGUACGUUUAUAAGUCAUCAUCGACUGGGGUGGUAAAGACAUUUGUUACGUAUUCCCAGUCACAUCGACGGGGCAUGUUUCGUGGUAUGAAGUCAGGUUGAAAGAAAACCAAGAGCGACCCAAAUAAAACAUGGGAUCAGUCCAUGAAGUCAUGGACUAUUGGUCUGAGCUACGUUGAUAGAUGCAGACUACCUGGUUGGGGGUGUGUCGGGUGAUAUACCUUAAAAUCAUCCACCGUGAUUCAUAUGGAUUCACUAUCUGGCUUUCCCACAUUCUUGACUUCCAGUAUUUUUUCAUGCCUUUUCACUGGCUUUCGCCAUUCAUCUUGCUAAUUUCAUAUUGUGAUAAUAUUGUGUGACAACGUUGGCCAGCUCACAUAUCCACCAGGAUAUGUGUUUAUGAUGACUGAUAACUAACUUCCAAUUAAACCUAUCAGCUCAGAAAACACGUAGCCAAAUGUAUCUACCUGAGCUACAAAUCUCCAUCAUUUUGAAAUACUUUUUUUAUUGAUGUGAUUGAGUUGACUUCAGUUUUGCAUAUUCUUCAUGUUUAAUCUUUUUUCACGGUCAUAGACCUUAUUAUUCGACUCAAUUGUUAUUUAUCCUUUUUUAAUUUCAUAUUUGUGCUUGUGUAAUGUGACAGCUUGGGUCAAUGAAUACUUAUUGUGACUGGUCUUGAACACUAUGGUCGAUAAUUCACAACCUUUUUUUUUAAUCUCUCAAAUCAUAUUUUCCUGUUUUCCCAUCUCAUUUUGUCAAUCUGAUCAUUCUGUUGGGUAACAGUUUACAUUGAUUCUUCUGUGUAAAAGCUUUUGCAUUGUACUGUCUGUCCACUACUGAGGGAUAUACUGGAAGUGUUUACAAUGCUUAGUUCAUUUUUAACUUCAAACACUGUGUGGAAAUAAAGGUAGCGCAGAUAUGCUGUAAAAUUGCCGAGCCUACAGAGGUAAUCUAAGUAUAUUAAUAAAUCCGACCUAUGAUAUUCAUGUCGUGUGCACACUAGAAAACUGUGUUUAGUUUCAAACAAUAGUAAGUGGAAAACUACUGGAUGUAGUCUCAGGCAGAAUUUAUCUAAGAAUGAACUUAUUCAUUCUUCCAACAUACUCAUUAGAUUGUUGAAAACAUUAAAAUUGACCGGAAAUUUAGUUUUUCAGCCAAAAUUAUUUCUUCAAUUAUAUGUUUUUGGCAAUAUUUUCAAGAUGUCUCAUCCUAGCCAUAAAUUUAUGCUAUCCACUGCGUUUCGUAUAGCUGAUUUUAAAAUUUAAUUGUAUUUUUAUAUAGAAUCGUCCUACAAUUUUGUUGAUGAACAAAAUUGACUUGGCCGAACCAAUUAGUGAUCGGCAGGCUCAUACAAAUCGAAUUGUUGAGGAAUCACGUAUUAUUAAACGUGGUCCACUUGAAGUAUACUAUACUCAGCUUAACGCACCUGAAAAGCAGAAGGGGAUUUUGAAACGACUGAUGUCCAGAAGUACUAGUGGAUUACUUGUUAUUUUGGUUGAAUCGUCGUCAACGUACAGAAUACGUUUCUCUUUUUGAUUUACCUGGUCCUACCACUGAUGUUAACGAAUUAUUGAUCAGCGUGUGCUUUAAAAACAAAUUUUUCCUGACUGUAUCUAAACCAAGUUGGUUACCUAACGAAAUAGAAACUUCAGAUGAGUUAUUUAAAAGUAAUAUCACUCAAAAGAUGGCUAUACCUGAUAUUAAACGUGCUGCCUUUCAUAUCCUUAGCUUAUUUAAUAAAAGAUAUUUUGGUCCAGUUACUUUCUUACCUGAGGAUGAAAAGUUAGCGGAUAAUUUCUUUCAUCUUGCUUAGAAAUGUUGAAACGAUUUUUUUCUGAGCGAAUGCUUUUGUAAAUUGUACAUAACACAUUAUUUGCAAAUAAAUAAUCUACCUAUUGAUUGCUUUUUUAACUUUUAUUCAACUGAAUUUAUUUUGUGUUGAUAUCUAUCUGUAUUGUGAUAGUUAGUGCAUUUAUUGAGAGUAGCAAUAAAAUUCCGCCAGUUUUACUGAUUAACAUUUUUGUUGAAAGUUCAUAUCUCAUUAUUGUGCUUGAACACAUUUCUAGGAGAUUUCAGUAAUUUCCCUAGAUUAAGAAAUAAGUUUACUUCAAUUUCAGUUUAGAAUUAAGCCAUCUAGCUUAUAGAAUGCAGCAUUAUUGUAAUCCCUCUCAUCAACUGCCAUUCUUCAUUCACUUUACCGAUAAAACAAACUUGUGCCUUGGUCUCUGGAAAUUUGUUCGAUAUAGAUGUUUAUUAGGGACCCGGUCCGAGCAAAGACAGAUUUGAAGCCUUUUCUUUUUACCAGGUUUUUACAGUCCGGGCGAAAUCUAUAGCUUCCUUAAAGUAAUAAAUGUAAUUAUCAUCCCAUUGCAUAAGUUAUUUCAUGUUUUCAUUUUUAUUAAAAUAUCCCGUUGUUACCCUAAUUUAUCAUUUCUGUAUGUAUUGUUUUCAAUCCAGUAGAUAACUAGAGAUAGUAAGUAUGGGUAGCGCUCAGAUAUAUUAAGUUUAUACCAGUUAUUCGUAUAUGGAAUUCUCAAGUGUCUUUCUGAUUUCUAAAUAUAACUCUUUGCUUAUUAUUUCAUUUUAGAUGAAUGAUCAUCCAUCAGAACCUCUUGAAGGAGACAGUUUGGACAAAUUAAAUAAUAUUGAUUUAAGUCACUCUCCAGAUAAUUGGUCUGAUUGGUUUUCCUAUAUUUCUUUAAAGUUCGUAUUAUAUGUAGCUAAAAGCCCGUGGGAAUUUCUUACAUCAAUAUUAAUAAUCCUCACACCUCUCAUGAUAAUUUGUGCUUAUUGUUCAUAUAAGUUGGCUAAAGAAUUAAAACGUCAAGAAGUGGAUCAAAAGAUGAAGGCUAAACGUACUGCUGCCAUUAACAAAUCUAGGAAGCAAGUCAAAGUGGAUUAAGUAAAUUAAUUUAAGAACAAUUUUAGUUAUUACACAGUUAUGUAACUUUAGUUAACUCUUAUUGAUUUCUUUUAAAUUAAGAAUAUAUUUUAUUAGUUAGUGUAAACUAAUAGACUUUUUGAUUAUCGAUACUUCAAAACUCAAAUUUGAGUUGAUUUGUUUUCUUAUCUAUAUAAUAAAAUAAAUUUAGAUUUGGCUGCUCGUUCCUGGCCCAGUAUUCAACUUUUUAUAGAUUUUCUACUUGUUUUUCUCUCGCUCUCUCUGAACAUUGAUAAUAUAAAUUAGAUUUGUCAACUAAAGUAUUAAAUAAAAAAGAUUGGUUCAGCGAAGAAUUCUCUUUUCAGCGAAUUCAUUUUCAAAGCUUUACAAUCGCAAAUAUAUACUUAUUUUUCAGGAUGAUAAUUACAAUAUUAAUGACAAUAGACUUCUGUUAGACAUAGUAACAGUGAGGUAGGAUUUUUUUAUAAACAGGCGAAUUAAUAAUAUAUUGUAAAUUUCCUUGAGAAAGCUUAGACCGGAUUGCCAGGUGAAACGUUGGAUUUACUUCAAAUUCAUUCGCUGAGAUUUUACAACUACAUUCUUCCUCUUUAAGGCGAAUAAAUAACAGUUUGACUGUUAAGGGCUUAAAUAUCCAUCAUAAAGGUAGAUAGGAAGGUCAUCAUUGUAAAAGGAUGACUCAGUAUCAUAAGACAAUGCUGAAAUUGAGAUGAAAUGUAAUCAAGAAAAUCAUAAAACCAGAAAUAAACCAGUUGGGGGUAAAAAGUUUAAGGAGAAAAUGGAAGGGAAAGCAGAUGGCUGUGAAGGAAGAUGAGUAUGAAAAAAAUUAUGGGACAUUAAGACCAUGGUAAAAGAAGAGGUUGUACCAAUCUCUUUUGGACACACCGUUCUGUUUUCCCCAGAUGUACGGCUAUCACUUCGGCAAUGUUAAGAAGAUACAAUAUGACUGCCUUUGGAAGACUUCUACACAGAGUCCGUCUUGACUGAGUGACCUGUGCUCACAAGGUGUUUGAUUAUUAAACUUCUUAUUGAGCCGUUUCCCCCUCUUCUUAACCCCGCUGGGUAAUGUUCUUGAAUUCUUUUGGAUAAAUUACUCAUCGAAUGACCUAUAUACCUAGCUCCACAUGAGCAGAUAAAUUGGUAAAUGAACAUUGAGUUGGUCAGAUGAGAUAAUUUAUCCUUAAGAUUAUUGAUGAACAAUGAUCGGCAAAAGAAGACUAAUCGCAAUGUUGCUGCGGAGAACGCUCUUUUUAAAUAAUCAGAAAUUUUCCUCUUUAAGACGUUUGUAACUCUAUCACAUUUAAAGUUGAUGUUCAUGUAUAAUUUUUUCUUUUCGACUGGAGUUAUUAUGUUUUCGGCCUUAUGUUCUUAUCAAUGAAUAUUGAAGGAUACUCGUACAUGUUGAAAAUAAAUCAGUGUGAAUUCAACCAAUAAACAUUGUAAUCCUUGCUUUACAGAAGCUAAAUACAAAUGUAUUGCUUCAAAGUUAUAUUAAAAUUGAAUAAACUCAGAUAAUGGUUAUCUUUUUUUAUUCAUAACAGGAAUUUUCAUUAUUUUCUUGUUCUUAUAAUAUCAACACACUGACUCUCUUCAUUAUCAACAAGUCAGUUUCUUUUCAUCGUUCAAAUCAACAGGAUAUUGAGCCGCAUAUAUCAUUUCAGAUAAUCUAUUCUUGUCGUCAAAAUCCACACUUUAUAACACUAAAUUCAACAAUUAUCUACCCAGUGAAUUAUCCAUGGUGAAUUUUUUAGAUUAAUACAACGUUAAAUUCAAUUGUGUAGGAUAUGUUUUUAUCAUUUAUUAUUAUGUUCACUCAUCAUCCCUUUUUUGCUCUCGGUUUUGCAGGUAUGGGGAAACUUUAUUAAUCUGAUGAACAUCGUUGCGCCAACUCUCUAUUGUGUAAACUAUUCCAGUAUAUGUGAUAUUUCCUCUUUUUUUUAUAGAACUCCUUUAAUUUGUGUAAUAAACCGUUUUAAUUUGUACCUAUGUGUAAAUUUGACGGAAACGUUUAUUAAGAUUGGUGCUAAACAAUGUAUGCACGUAUACUGAAUCGUCUUAUUGUUAAACUUAAUUUGUAGUGCUUAAUAUUGUGGAUUUUUUAGUCUUUACUUUAUACAAUUUAUUUUUUACCUGAGAAGUAUUUGCUUUUUUUUAUUAUCCUUGGUUGUACUAUGCAGUUUUUGUGCUUAGUACAUACUAAUGGUAGAAAAACUUGCUCGAUUACAAUAAUUAAACGUCAUCACAAUGGCUAGUCAUCCAACAUCCACUUCUCAUUUAGUGAUAAUUUAGAAUUCGAUAUUUGUCUGAUAAGAAUGCGAUGUUUGUUGUCCACAUGUAUCACUUGCACCAUCUGAUAGUUGAUAAAGUGCCCUAUCACGAAUGAGGUUUCUAAGCCCCAGAGCAAUUUAUGGGGUAGCUGAUUACAAUGUGGUCUUGAGUGCUGUUAGAGGUAUGAGGGCGGUUAUCACUUCCCGGUUGCCCACACCGUGGAAGGGUUCUUCUCCAACCAAUGGUUGGAGACUCUUGGUGACAUGGACCAGAAUCAAACACAAUGGCGUCGGUGUACACACUCUGUCUUCCCUUUCUUUCUUUCUACGAACUAAUUCUUUCUUCCCGUACUAUGUCCUUAUAUGCAACCUUUCUUUUAUAUAUUACCACCACUGAAUUAACUACUUUUAUGAAUCCGGUGUCCAUCUUGUUGUGCUAAUGAUGUGUGGUAACUUGGACCGAUGCAUAUAUGUGUCUGGUCCUACGUUGUAACUGACUAAGCUGAUUACAAUUAAAACUCAUGAAAAUUUCUAGCAUAAAGUAGCGUGUCAUCGUAUUUCGUACGAUAUUGAUAAUUAUUACUUGUUAUAUGACAGCAGAUUCAAAGACCUAUUUCAUCCAGUGUGGUUAUUUUAUAUAUAGAGCUUGCUAUUUCAUUUUUCAGACAAGCAUAACUUAAAGUUGAGAAUACAAACACGUUAUGUAUCAGCAUAAUACAAAUUCUGUUAUUAAUAAGUGUAGCGUUACUCAUAAUUGUAAAAAAGCGGCGUAUUGAGAUGCUAUUUAACUGAUAUAACGGGUAGAUUAUAAUCAAGAUUUUAAACAUUCGGUGAUUCACAUUCGCUUAUGAAUUUCGGCUGUCGCCUAGCUGUACAGGCACUCAACUUUCAACCAUUGGAUUACAGUUAUAAACGUUGCUCAGUCUAUUGUAGUUUAUAAAUCUGAAUAUCUAUUACACCUAACCGUAACUCGAAAAUUACUAUGCAAAGCUUAUGAGACAAAUCCGCAUUAUAGGUUGCAUAUUUGGAGAUAUUCAUGGAGUAGAUCUAAUUGACUUUUGUAGGUGGACUUGACAUUUACUGGCGAUCAGCUCGGAUUACCAAAUUUUAGCCAAAUCAUAAACGAGCAGCUUCACUCUACUGUGAAGUUAAUAAUAGUAUGUCAACAAAUAUUGUCGUGG